AUGAAUAAAUCAUUAGCUUUUGUUGCUUUAUUCUUAGCUUUCGCUGCUGCUGUUAUUGCACAAACAUGUGUUCCACCCCAAGUAUAUAACUCCUGCGGAUCUGCCUGCCGAGAAUACUGUAAUAAAGAGCCUGCACCUUGCACCAAGCAGUGCGUGGCAGAUUGUUUCUGUGAUGAAGCUAGUGGUUACACCAAGAGAGCAAUAGAUGCAGAAGAUGACGAUUGCAUUCUUAUAUCUGAAUGCCCUACUUGUGGUGAAAAUGAAAUAUAUAAAGUGUGUGGAACUGCCUGUCAAGAUUAUUGUGGAAAACCAGAAGGUACUGCGUGUACGACUCAAUGCGUUGAAGGAUGUUUCUGUAAAGAUGGAUUUGUACGUACAAUAGAUAAUAACACUUCUGCUUGUAUCCCCGAAGAAAGUUGCCCUUAA